UUCAUAAAGCCACGCCCAUUUAUAGAUAUGGCGGCUGAGAGCUCUGGUGAAAAUGGUGUCGAGACACAGCAGUUACAGCUUAAUUACAAGCAAUGGAAGGAAAGUUUGUUUUACAAAGAAGCACUUGCCAACCUGACAUCCUACAACUCACAAUUAUUAAAGGAAAGAGCCUCUCGCCUUCCUUAUUUUGACGGGCAGACUGGAGUCAUUCAGAAAGAUUGCAGAUUAUGGCGUAAGACAUCCGAACGACACGUUGGGAAGCUUAAUGGACAGAUAUACUCUUAUAUUCCACACAGAUGGAGGCUUGAACCACCCAACACUCACCCACAGGAACACAUCAGUAAAGUACCAUCAGAAGCGUCUAGUGAUACCGGUCAACCUCCAGUGGCUCCAGUUAAUGGUGUGAAUGCAUCAGCUCCGCCUCCAAGUACUAUGAUGUCAUCUGAUAAUAAUAACGUACAGGGAACUCCUGUAACUAAGAGAAGCUCUCGUUCUAAUACUAAACGUGAAGAGAGUAUUGCUUCAAGGGCAGCCAUAAUGGAGUCACCGAUUAGCUCCGAACUAAAUGAAGAGGAAAGUGACAAAGAAACUGAAUUCCAGGACGACUUUGACUCGGAAGAAGAGAAAAGACAACGCAAGAAAAGAAAAACUACAACUCGUCAGCAGCGUUCGACCGUGACAGCUCCUUCCAGACCGACAAGAGACCCUGAAAAGGAGAAACCUUACGCCUGCUCGUGGUGCAAUCGCAGGUACAAGACUCAAUCAUCAUUGAAAGCCCACCAGACACAGUAUCACUCUAAAGAAACAACUGGCCCAACUGUUGCCGAGAAGCCUCUAGUUGCAGCACUCCCUGUUAACAUAUCCAGUAUUGAUAAGAUAGGCGGAAUAGGAGGGCUGGAGGGAAUAGCUCCACCUGUCAAGAAACGCAAUCCUUAUUGUGACUUUUGUCUUGGAGACGAUACUCUGAAUCAGAAGUCCGGUAAACCUGAGCGGAUGGUUUCAUGCGCUGACUGCGGUAGAUCAGGACAUCCGUCUUGCCUCCAGUUCUCUCCAUCCCUUGCUGCAGUUGUCCUAACUUAUCGCUGGCAGUGCAUAGAGUGCAAGUCUUGCUCCCUUUGUGGAAAAUCAGACAAUGACGAUCAGUUGCUGUUUUGUGAUGAUUGCGAUAGAGGUUACCACAUGUACUGCCUUAAGCCACCAAUGAAAGAGGCUCCUGAAGGUAGUUGGAGUUGUGGUAUGUGCUAAUUUGUUACUAUGCUGGGAGCAGCUGCGGCUGAAAUUAAUAUGGAAUUUAUGUCCCUCCAAUAAUGCAAUUCAUUCAAUCAAUCAAUUAAUAAUUAACUGAUCAUUUUCUGCCAAUUGUCAUUAUUAUUAUUAUUAUUAUGAUUAUUAUGAUUUUCGAUGUUGAAAAAUUCUUAAAUCCAGUUUAAUAAAAA